CUUUAUUAAACUUAAUUUUGAGAUAACUCAUAUUUGUUCGAUACUGAUGUCAUAAGUGCGGCUUCUUACGUAUAAGAUAUCGCGACGCGCGGCGCAGACCAAAACACGAAACAUACUAUACUACUUUGAGGACAUUUGAAUUAUAUACGUUCGAAUCUACUGCUACAUUUAGACUCUACGUACUAUCUGACGAUACAUUAUGACUGAGACAUUUAUUGUUUUUGGCGGCCACGGAAAAGUUGCACUUUUGUUCACAAAAUAUGCUGUAGAAGCUGGUCAUAAAGUUUUCUCUGUCGUUCGCAAAACAGAACAGUUUAAGGACAUUGAGGCCCUUGGUGGCAUUCCCAAAUUACUCUCUUUGGAAGACACGACUGUGAAAGAAAUAGUUGAGCUGUUUAAGCAAGUGGAUCCAUCUAUUGUUAUCUUCAGUGCCGGUGCAGGCGGAAAAGGCGGUCCUGAACGUACGAAACAUGUUGAUUUUGAAGGCUGCGUGAAGGUAUGUGACGCCAUGAUAGAAGCUGGGUUACGCCGAUUCUUGGUUGUAUCUGCUUGCGAUAAUCGUGACAUGGAUAAACCUGUUCCUGCACAUUACACGAACGAAGACAUUGAGGCUAGUAAGUGGAUCCACGGUGUUCUGGAUAACUACUACAGAUGGAAGUUAGCCGCAGACAAGGAAAUUGUCCGUCGAACUGACAAGCUGGACUGGACAAUUGCACGGCCUUCGGGACUGUCGGACGAAGAAGCAAGCGGAAAAAUUCAGCUUGGCCACGUUACUCUCCGCGUUACAAUUGCACGAGGAAAUGUUGCCAAAACGCUACUCGCUUUGGCUUUGAACCCAAAGACUAUACACAAAACCAUCGACAUGACAGAUGGAGCUACGCCUAUAGACAAGGCUGUAGAAGCAUAUGCAGAAUCUGGCGAGACGUCAUACGUUUACGAAAUUUAAAUCAUUGGCAUGUCCCAUCUUAAUGAAGACACAUCGGCAAUUCGCAAAUGACUUUUUAUAUACUAUUUACGAUUUUUUUAUCUCAUCAAUCGUACUGGCGACAGCGACACCGGCUGUCGCCGUUUCGACUCUGCGUAUCUGCCGUUCUUUGACAGCUUAUAAUUGCACAACCUAGGGAGGUCACUGACAAUGAAUAAUAAUACAUGUUCCAAUUAAUUGUUUGGGCACUUUUGAAGUAGAUUAACCGAUGUCUCAGUUAAUCCUGUUUGUCGGCGUCUUCUAAACCAUCAAGGAAUGUGUGUUCAGUAUGAAACCUUAAAGAUACAGAGUUUAUGCAAUGGCGCUCAUUUGUCGGCGUUGGAUAGCCUUCUCCCUUGAAGAUAUGGCCAAGAUGGCCUCCACAAUUGGCACACACAGCCUCCGUGCGAGUCAUGCCAAAGCUGGUGUCUUCAAUGCGUUUCACCUUUCCUGGUAAAGCUUCAAAAAAGGCAGGCCAUCCGCACUUGCUAUUAAACUUGCUGUUUGCAAUGUAGAGAGGUUCUCCACAUCCGGCACAACAAAACAAGCCCUCAGUGGGAAACGUCUUGUCAUAUUUACCGCUGCCGGGUGGCUCUGUUGCUUUUUGACGAAGGACACGGAACUGUUCUGGCGAGAGCUGCAGACGCCAUUCAUCCUCCGAUUUUUGUAAUGGAAACGACAUUUUGUGAUUUUUCAAUUGAUGCUUAGAGGAAAAAAAUGCAACCGGAAAAAAAACUUGAUUACCAACUAAACGCCUGGUGUUUGUAAAUUGACGGGCGUUUCGAAUAAACAGACGGAGCAUAAACUUUUUAUGUCUAGUAAUGUUUACUGCUUUAAGCGAAUUAAUUCCUUCCUUUGCUCAAGAAACUACUUCCCCUGUCAGUUGCUUUGAAAUAUAUAUUGUUGGCUUAUUUGCCCUUGGUGUAAUCUUGAUUCAACCGUGACGCAUCCAACAUUUACUGGUGAGCUGCUAGAGGAGG